UCAUCAAAUGGCAUAAAAAAAGAGUGCAACCAGUUGAGGAAGUGGCUGAAAAAAGUGGAAACAUUAACAUUUAUAUAUGUACUGGACUUUACAUUAAAACAAAAAGGGUGUGACUUCAAAGAAUUACAAAAUAAUGUGCAGUCUGUUGUGUGGAUCUCUUGGCUGACAAUUUUUAUACCCUGUACCCGUAGGGUAAAAAGGGUAUAUUAGGUUUGUGCAAAGUUUUAGCUCUCAACAAAAUGGCGUAUUUACAAAUUUGCAUAGUGGCUUUAGUAUUGGGCAGCACAGUAGCAUCAGCUCAACAGCAGCGGCCGAACUUCCGGGUUGGUCCGGGUCAUCCGCCAUCGCAACGCCAUUUGCCGCCAAGGACACGUGAUCCUGUCCGGGAAGCAGCCGAGGCAAUAAAGCGCAAAGAGGUGGAGGAGUAUGAAUCGAGUGCAGAAUGUCCAGAGCCAAAUGGUUUCUAUCCAGACAGCAAACAAUGCGACAAAUACUACGCCUGUCUUGAUGGCGUCCCCACAGAGCGUUUGUGUCCGGACGGCAUGGUCUUCAACGACUACUCGCCCAUCGAGGAGAAAUGCGAUUUGCCCUACAAUAUCGACUGCAGUCAGCGCUCCAAAUUGCAAACCCCGCAGCCCUCGCAGCACUGUCCCCGCAAGAACGGUUACUUCGGUCACGAGAAGCCGGGCAUAUGCGACAAGUUCUAUUACUGCGUGGAUGGUCAGUUCAAUAUGAUCACCUGUCCGGUUGGGCUGGUGUUCAAUCCCAAGACUGGCAUUUGCACCUGGCCCGACGAGGUGGGCGUUACCGGCUGCAAAUCGGAGGACAUAUUCGAGUUCUCUUGCCCCAAAGUGAAUGAGACUGUGGCUGUCACACAUCCGCGCUAUGCCGAUCCUGACGACUGCCAAUUCUUCUAUGUGUGCGUAAAUGGCGAGAUACCCAGACGUAAUGGCUGCAAGCUGGGUCAGGUGUUCGAUGAGCAGAAGGAGACCUGCGAUUGGGCGCGAAAAGUGCCGGACUGCGCUGACUGGUAUAAGGAUCGCUUAACAGACGCUGAGCUCGACGAGCUGGAGAAUCCGAAGCCAAAGUCCACGACCACAAAGAGACCACCACGUGUUCGUGGCUCCUCGAGGCGCAAGCCCAAGCCAAAGGUUGUUAAGGAGGAGGACGAGGAAGCUGUGGAGGAGUAGAGCUUAACUCUAAGCAUGUCAUAAAUAUCAUUGCAGGCAAAUAAAAGUUGUUCCUGAUUCACAA